AAACAUUUGAAGACUUGAGAACAAUGAUCGACUCUUUUAUGGAUGAUAGCCAUUAAUAACAAAUGAAAAGACUUUCGUUGCUUUUGAAAGAGUGGAAGAAUAUCAUAAUAUAUGGAGACGGUAAAACCAGUCAAUAUAUUCGGACAGGAGCUGAGAAACAAGCUUGCGUACUUGCCAAUCGACUGGAGCAGUCGUUGCAAAGAAAACAAGAGACAAAAGUUGAGCAAUAUUUCCAAAGAGUUUAUCCCCAUCAGCUUUGGAAACGUUGGUUCACAAAGGCUAUUGCCAAAUUGUUCCUCAAGACGAUUGCCAAGUUGAAACCGCAGUCUCGUAUGUUGUUAAGUGACUAUUUCUUACGUAUUUCCAAGCACAUAGGAUGUUUUGAAAGUCCUAUAGAGAAACUCGACAACACUAACAACUCUCACUUUUCUUUAGAAGAUCCAUUCGUCUUAGUAGGUGCAGCCAGUUCUACGGCGCCAUUUCUUGUUGCCAUGAGAUAUCGUUAUAAAAGCUGCAAAACUAUUCAAGUGUUGCACCCGCGUUGUAAUACAGACUUGUUUGAUGCAGUAGUUUCACCCAAGCAUGAUAGUGUUUAUCAAAAGUUUAACAAGGACAACUGGAUACCAACCACAUUAUCUUUACACGAGCUUACUCCAGAAUACUUGAAACAAAUAAGAGAAACAACCAUUCGUCAAUAUCCUGUGCUUGCUUCGGUUAUCAAAGUUGUUAUCUUGAUUGGUGGUCCUAGAAACCACUGGCAACUCAUUUACUGCAAUCCGUACAAGUCUAUUGCUCGAUUCAUGCAUUAUUUAUCGCAAGCAGUUGAUAGAUUUUCUCAGCAAAAUUAUAUAUUUCUUGUAACUGUAUCGAAUAGAACGCCAUCGAAAGUCUCUCGGCUGCUUUAUCAACAAUUACAAAAGAAUUUUCUCAAGGAUAACAUUUGGUUUUAUGAUCCUAAGCAGCCAAACUCUCAAAAUCCAUAUCAUCAAUAUUUAAGUGUAGCAGACUAUAUUUUGGUUACCAGUGAGUCGGUGAAUAUGAUAAGUGAAGCAUUGAGUUGUCAACGUCCCGUGUAUGUCUAUGAUUUAUUUGGUACAGAGUCUACUCGUUUCUCUGGUAGAAGGUUGCGUCUAUUUUUGAACAACUUGGUUCAGCGUGGUUGGAUUGCUCGUUUUGAAGGAACUCUGCACGUUCAUUCUUUGCAUCACUCAUCUUUUGAUGAAAAGAACAAGUGUCAUGAUUGCAUCGAAGAAGAAAUUUUCACGACAUUGUUGUCUUUGCUUGAAGAAAUUCCUGAAUGUAUUCUUCUCGUGUGUGAUAUUCAAGAAAGAUUCCGCUCAGUUAUCUAUCAGUAUACGAGUGUGAUUAAUGCUGCCAAGAUAUUGUUGGAAGCCGCAGAACUGUUCAAAAUACCUGUAAUAGCUACUGAACAAUAUCCCCGUGCUUUGGGACACACAGUGGAAGAGUUGGACUCACAAAAGAUGAAAGUUUAUGAAAAGACAGUAUUUAGUAUGAUGGUCCCAGAAGUAGAAAAAUGCCUCUUGGAACACUCGUUAAGAAGAACUGCAGUGAUUGUGGGAAUAGAAACGCACGUCUGUGUGUUGCAGACCACUUUAGAUUUGCUUGAGAAGGGUUAUUCUGUCCACAUCGUAACAGAUGGAGUUUCCUCUCAGCGAGCGAUGGAUAGAAGUACAGCAUUUCGUCGCCUUGAACAGGCAGGAGCGUGGCUUACUACUUAUGAGUCGUUACUAUUUCAGUUAUUGAGGUCAAAGGACCAUCCAUCCUUUAAGCAAGUGUCAGAGCUUUGCAAAAGACCGAGACCUGAUCCUGGUCUUAAUACUCUAUAGAUGGAGGUCUGUAUCAAAUAAAAGUUGGUUUGUUGAUUGUGAGGAACGAAUGACAAAACGGUUAAGAUCCAUUUCAUUUCGUUGGCCAAUCGAUAUAUAUAUUAUAUUGAAAAGUCAUUUGUUUCCAUAGCAAGAAAGGAGAAAGAGCGAGA